AUGACUACCAUCACUCUUACCUGCAAGCCUGUCGCCAAGCCCGGAGGGUCUCAGAUAGACUUCGGAGCUGAGAUCAACGGCUUUGACGUUGAAGCAAUGACGGAUGAGGAUUUUGAAUUCCUUCGUCAAACUUUGUACGAGAAUCAAGUUGUCGUUCUCAAGGGGCAAGGCAAGCUCUCUUCACGAGCACAGUACGAACUGACUCGACGCUUUGAUCCUUCUGCUGGUAUCUACAGCCAUGGAAAAUCAAUCGAUAAGCGCAGUGUCCUCCAUGCCGAUUUGACAAAGAUCCCACACCAGCCUCAGGUUCAAGUCAUCGGCAGCGGGUUUGUCGAAGAAUACGAAGGGCUUUCCAAUAUCCACUUGAAACACCCGCAUCACAAGACAUUCCACAAAACCCCCAUCUCUGAUGAAGAAGACCAUGAUUACACGCACUUCUACCGCUGGCACAUUGACUCGGCUAUGUACAAUCUUGACCCGCCUCUGGUCACAACGCUGCUGGCCGUCAAAGUCCCCAAGGGCCGCCGUCAGACUUGCCGCUACGAUGACGGCACAAACACCACCCUCGACGUCCCUCUCGGAACAACCGCAUUUUUCAGUGGCUACCGUCUCUAUGAUUUGCUUUCUGAGGAAGAGAAAUAUUUCGUGCGUACCAGUAAGGUGGAGUACGCACCUCAUCCCUACAUCUGGAUGAGCCAGGCCAAAUCCCGUUCCAACGGGUUGGGAAUCAUAUCAGAAAGCCUAGAACUCCCAGAAGACCAGUUACCUCCCUUCGAAGAUUGCAAAAUCAAGGUCUAUCCUAUGGCCUGGAAGAACCCUGUGACUGGGAAGUUCGCAAUGAUGGUCUAUCCCACGUGUGUGCGGAAGAUCCAUCUUGAGAAUGGAGAGGUGCUUGACAAUCUUGCUGAUAUUCGGGAAAGAAUAUACAACUUGCAAAGACGGGCUAUUGAUCCUUGCUAUCUGUAUACCCAUGAUUGGGAGGAGGGUGAUCUGGUGCUGUUCAAUAAUCAUGGUGUGAUGCACUCUAUUGUUGGUUCUUUUACGGAAGAAGAAGUGCGGGUAUUUAGGCAGUGCAAUAUGGCUGCCAGUCGACCUCCGUUGGGCCCUGGAGAUAGUGUGGCCGUUUGA